AUGUCAAAAGCACCAAAAGAAAAGGAAAUUGGUACAACUCGCUUACAGCUUUUGGUUGACAAAAUUACUACAUCUGGUUCCAAUAACGUUGAUUGUUCACUCGUUGAAGAGACUAUAAAUAUAUGCAGCGAGUCAAGUUCUACUGUUUCUGAUUUAUUUCGAUUUGUUACUGUUCAACUACGCCGUAAUCAUGCUCAGAUUCGACUUGGAGUGUUAAGAUUACUUAGAUUGUUAUCUUCUCCCCAAGCGAUCGUUCGUCAGUUAACCUUGAAUAUGAAUGACGCGACCAAAUUCAUUCCUUUGGCGAAAUGUCUUCGUAACUUGAUUUUAGAUAACUUACAGGAUACUUUUUCAUAUAUUGUACAGUUAGAAUCAUAUUCUGCGCCUAUGCUUUUACCAAAAGAAGCCGCUAAAGAAUUACAAUUUGAAGGAAUAAAACUUCUGCUUGAUUGGGAGUAUGAAUUAGAACAAGGACAUUUUGAUGUUACUCCUUGGAAUUUUGACCCAUCCCCGCCCCUAUCAUGGGUGCCAUCACAGAGAGCCAAAGGUCAAUUGAAAGCAUUUAUAAAUUUCCUCAAUUUGGAUAGUCGGCCCCUUGAACAACGUAAACAAAAGUCUCAAUUGUUCAAGAGUGAAGUAAUAAAAUCUCAUCGCCUUCUUAAUGAUUGCCUGAAUGAAAUCGAAGAAUGUAGCGAAUCGGUUGAAGAAAAUUUAGUCUCUUUGUCAACUAUAUUAGAAAUACUGGUUCCCAAUCCAACGUCUGAGUCUAGUGAAAUUGAUAAAACGGAAAUAAUCGAAAAUCAAUCAGAGACUGACCAUAAGUCCAUGACAACCAUGAACUCAUUUGAUUCUUUACGUUUGCAUGGAUGUCUUCCUGGAAGUUCAAGUGGUUUCGGUUUGGGCUCUACACUUACGAUUGAAAUUCAAUUGCCUUGUAAUAGUCAAGUUAAUUCAUCUAGAGCUUCAUUUGAACCAAAAAUCUAUAUUAAACGUUCGACAGAAACAAAAGAAUUAGAAGAGUCAGCUACAACUUUCGCUCGUUUAGCAGCAGAAAAACAUAGACCUAAACUUACGGAUUACUUGCAAACUUUGGAAAGUACUCACUCAAUGAAUUUUGCUGCAAAACUUUCUUCUAAACGAAAUGAAAAAAUCGAAAUUCUUAAACAGUGGAUUAGUCGAAUUCAAACCCUGACAUCUUUAUUCUAUGAUCGAAUCGAAUUCAUCGAUAGCGAACCAAUCCAUCGCGUAAAUAAUCCUGCCCGUACUUCUAUCUCUAGUGAUGACAGUGAUUUUGAAGAGGUAGUCAACACUACGUCAGAUACUGGUAAAUCACUAUGUUAUCCAAGUUCAUUACACGAAAAUUUAUCAUGCGGAAGAAUAGAAUCGAUUAACACUAGAAGUCUGUCCGUUGUUAAUAGUGAUCCCAACCAACAAAUAGUUCAGUUAACAAAUGAAGAUCAACCGAAGUCUCGGAAAGAUGGGACUGUUGUAACCGUAGCUCCUCGACAGCUGUUCUGUUGGGCUCCCUUGUUAUCUGGUUCAUUAUGCCAUCGAUGUGAUCCAAGCGGUCGAUGUCCUAUACAUGGCAGAAUUGUUAAACGUGACAAAAUAACUGGGAGACCGAUUAAUAUGAAUGACCGAAAACUUCUCCAAACAGAAAUGGAAUCUAAGAGAUUAGCUAGACAAAAAAAACUAGAUGAAGAAAUUAAGAAAAAAGCUAGAAGACAUUAUCCUGGUCUUACUAAUAUAUCAAAAAAGGAGGUAGGUGUCCGUGGGCGCCUGGAGGCACAAGUAAUGAAAAAGAAAGCAUUACGGAAGCGUUCAUGA